CUGCUCUGUUUCUUGACACUGUAGAAGUUUCACAGAAAUGGAGAGUUUUUAAGUUUCGAAGUAGUUGUUGGGUGACUCAUCCAUGAAGGAUUUUGUUCUUCCUUCAAGUUCUUCCAUCGUCUCUGCGGGAUUUUUCUGCUAGGCUCUUCGUUAACCGCAAACAUCUAUUUUGUUUGGAUUAGAAGCCGAGAUUCCUUAUGUUCUGAGGUAAAUCCGAAUAACCUUAUUUUAGCUCUUUGUCUCAACCCUCGAAGAUCAUGGCGGCGUUGGCUCCUGGAAUUCUAUUGAAGCUCCUCAAUGGAAUGAACACGGGACUUAAACCUACGGGUGAGCACAGGAACUCACUUCUGCAAGUGACAGAUAUCGUACCAGCAGAUCUAGAUGAGAAGAAUCUCUGGCCAAAACAGGGGUUUUAUAUAAAGGUCUCUGAUUCUUCACAUUCAAUCUAUGUCAGCCUACCUUUUGAACAAGAUGAUCUUGUUCUAAGCAACAAAAUGCAGCUCGGUCAGUUCAUCUACGUCGACAGAUUGGAGCCAGGGUCACCUGUUCCAAUCAUCAAAGGAACAAAGCCUCUUCCAGGUCGACACCCUUUGGUAGGAACCCCUGAACCGAUAACGAAUUUCAGAGACAAAGCAGAUAAAUUUGAACAAAAAACCCUUAAUUCCAAACUCUCUGUUCACAGAAGAGGUUCUUGGGAUAGCUCAGCUGAUGUAGCUUCAUCUUCCCCUUCUGUCAUGAAACCUAUCCCUUUGAACUUUGAUCAGACUACCCCAAAAAAAGAGAGGCCAAGUCCGAUGAGAACUGGGGGAAAUUUUCCAAAAUCUCCACUGAUCAGAGGAAGAAUUGUCAAGGAUGGAAAUCCAGGUAUGGUUUGCAGAUCUUCAGUGGGUGGGCUUUGGUCUAAGAUGUCGGAUUCCAGAGGAGAAAGCCCUGACUUAGUCCGAAAGAGCUGUGCCGCUCCUCCUUCUGCGUCGAAAAUUACAAGGAGCAAGAGUGUGUGCGAACGAGAACCAAGGAUCCCAAAAAGUCCCUUCAACAACACUGAAAAGAAGAGUUCAACUCCCCCUCCCAGAUUAAGAAAUAUGAGAGUAGGGGAAUCUUUCAACCAGGCUGGGGAAGAACAGAACAAAUUGAAUUCCAAUGGGAGUAUCCAACAGCAAUCUCAGUCUGGUGAUCCGAACUCCAAGCAUGGUAGCACUGUGUCUCUGUCUUUACCUGGAAAACUUAGUGUUCUUGGAAAGGAAGCCAUUCAGCAGAGAGAAACAGCUCAGAAGAUUGCUCUUCAAGCACUAAGAGAUGCCACUGCAACUGAAAGUAUAGUACGAGCUCUCAGGGUGUUUUCAGAGUUGGCAAAAAAAGCAAAACCAGAUGCUCCAGCUGACUGUUUGGAUCAGUUUCUGGAGUUCCAUCACCAAAUCAUGCAAGCAGUGACUGACAUGGAGUCAAUUCAAGCUGCUACAUGUGAAAUGGUUGGAACCCCAACUGCAAAGCAGACAAAGAAACAAGCUGAAGAAGAUUCAAACAUCUUUCAUGAAAAAAACUCAAUAGAUGAAAACCAGCAGUCAGAUUUAAAUUUGUCAAAGCGAAGAUCAGCAUUAUAUAAAUCAGUUGCAGCAUUGCCUGAAAGAAGCGAUGUCAAGGCAACCCCAGUGAAGAACCUGAGAUCAAACUUGAACCAGAAAAUUUCUUUGGAAAGGAUAGGUGGAUCCACCCCAAUUGGAAAAUUUCCCUUUAAAGCUACCUUGGAGAAUGAUGAGAAUAAGGAACCAGCAGUCCCUUGCAGCUUCAAUAAUACAAUAAAAUUGGGUAAGCAGAUCGAAACAGAAGCUGGAAAUUGGUUUAUGGACUUCUUAGAGAAAGCACUGGAAAUAGGUCUGAAGAAAUCGAGAGGAAACGCAGAUACUGAUGUGCGGAAAGCAUCACAAUCUCUUAUACUCAAGGUUAUCAACUGGGUGGAAGUUGAACAGUGUGAUAGCAGUAAGAGGCCGGUUCACCGUAAAGCAGCACAAAUAACCAGGAAGUUAAGGAUCAAGAUGAAGAAUCCUUGAAUUUUAUCUCAGCAUUGUGUGUCUGGUCCUUGGUUGAUCAGAUAUGAUGAUUGUAUUCUAAUUAAUAUGAAGUAAAUUCCUAAUGAAUCUCUGUA